AUGUCGCUAGACAAAACCAAUUCCACUAAAUCAUCAAAAGAUGCUGUUCCUAGUAGUGAACCAUAUAAAAAGCGACGCAUCACCGACAAUGACAUAAAUGAGCCGACGAUUGAACUUGUAACAGGCCUUGAAGACAAUCAGAUCCAAAGAUUAACAAGUGUUAAAACAUCUGAUAACUCCAAACUGUCGCUUAAGCAGCAGGCUUUAGCAGAAAUUUUAAAGGGUCCAAAAACUGACAGUGAUACUGAGGAGAUAGAACAAUCACUCGUAUUGCAAAUAGCGAAAAACAAAAAUCUCGAAUCUAGAAAAGAAAAAGUGUCAGAUUUGGAAGCAUUUCGGCGUGAAGUAGAAAGUUUGCCAGAUGAAGCCGAUAUUGAUUAUGAUAGUGUUCCAAUAGAAGAUUUCGGAGCAGCAAUGCUUAGAGGAAUGGGAUGGAGACCAGGGAUGACAAUUGGAAAAAAUCAGAAAAUAAAAUCCAUUGAGUUGCGUGAGCCAAAAGCGCGUCCUACUCACCUUGGAUUGGGUGCAUCACCGCUUCCGACCAAGGAUGCUCAUGGCUUACGUUAA